CGCAUGUAGCUGUCACUUUCAAAAAACAACCGUAAAGCCGGAACGACGCACGGCAAAGACGACACAAUCGUAAUCGUAGAGUGCGUCGCGCACGAUCGCGGAUGAUCUCCGGUACGGCGUUGUAAAUGCGUGCAGCAGAGAGUGAAACAAGCGAAAAUCCUACCCAGUACGAUGCAGUUUUCCACGCGAAGGCAUCGUCGGUAAUAUCCGUAUAGUGUUUUCCUUUACCGGUGUGCUGUGGUUGCUUUGAUUUUGGGUGUGCAAAAAGUAGGCUCUCGCAGGUGUGAAGCGCGUAAGUGCGUACGGUCGUAGUAGGGCUUCGUUUCUGUAUUCCUACAGUUUGUAUGUGUAUGUGUGUUUAAUAGUGUGGUAAAAGUUAUCAAGCGAUUAAGCGGUAUUGAAUAAUUGUGUAGCGCUAGUGAUCGAUUUUAUUUCCAUCGGUGUGUAUACAGUUUUUCCGAGGUAGAAAAACCUGUUCUAGAAAGGCGUUACUGUGUGUGUGUGCGUUAGUGUGGGUUUUGUAUUUGAGCAGUGUGGAAAAAGGAAGAAGGAAACGGGAAACCGCGCGCGCAGCAUAAGCCUGCCCGAGCCUCGGAAACAGGGGCGCUACGGUGCAAGUGUGUGUGUGUAUGUGGUUGAUGAGGUUCGAAGGUGUGUGCGCGUGUUUGUGUGCGUCUAUGUGCAAGCAGCAGUACCAGUUUAGUAGCAUAAAUAUUAAAUGCAUGCUUUUUUAAUGCUGUGCAUUGAGCAUAGCAAAUGCUUUCUUUGUUCGCGAAUGAUCGAGAUUAAUUGAUUCCCGUGCGAGAAAGAAAAUAAAAACAAAUAAAAAAAGCAAGCGCGACAUCAAACAGCUCCCGGUUUUUGUGAGAAUUUCGUGAGAUUUGUGCGACAAGUGCACUGACCUGUUGGUGGAAUUGUUUUUUUUGCCAUUCUUUACCAAUCGACAACAUUCCCAUUGCGCUACGCAUUACAAAAACGAUGAAAGAAUCACUAUCGCUGCAUGAGAAGGUCAGCAUAAUGUCGAGUGGUGGUGGUGGGGCUGGUGAUGCCGGGCUAACCGAUAAGAAAUUGAUCCCGAUCACGCAUUUGCCUGCGUGCCAGAAAAAUCCAUUACAACCGAUCGAAAAUACCGCCACCAUGGAGUUGCCGAUGCAGCAGAACGGUGGUGGUGGUGGUGGGACGCUUCCACCAGCUGGAGGAAAUGUGGAAGCAGUAAUGUCGGUAUCUACGUCACCAUCAACGCCGGAAAUGACUCGGAUCUGUCUGGUGGGUCCGGUUGCACAGGAUGCGGCAACGCUGGCAGCGGCCCAAAGCCUCAAACUACCGAUCGUGACUUCCGACACCGGUGCCGAGUACAUCGGGGACGACGACAGCAUCAGUACCGUGUUCGUGCUGAACGACUUCCAAGGCCCAGUUUACGAUGCGAUCUAUAAGGCCAAGCAAAGAAUUCUUGGACCACCGGCCUUACAGCAGGCUGUAAGAUUUAGUGAAGGAUUAGUGUGGAACAAUCGUCCCAUUUACAACUACUGCAUGCGUGGCGUGAUUACAUGCUUUACCGGUAUCCGAAAGAAAGAUGAACUGACGCAUCUGGUGCAUUUGAUUCAUUCGAUGGGUGGCUCGAUUAGGAAGGGCAUGGAUACGAAGGUUACUCACCUGAUCUGCAAUUCGAGUGGGGGAGAAAAGUAUCGGUACGCGAUGACGUUCCGGUUGGCAAUCAUACGUCCAAAUUGGGUGCUGGAAGCGUGGAAAAAUCGUCACGAUCCUAACUUUUCCGCGACAAUUGAAACCUUUACGAAGCUCCACCGGUUGAAGGCAUUCGAAGGGCAGAAGGUGUGCUUUUUCGGGUUUCCGGAAGAGGAACAACAGCACAUGAUCGAUGUGCUCAAGACAAAUGGUGGCAUUCCGACCGAUCUGGAAGAUCCCGAAUGUUCGCAUGUGGUUAUGCCGAACACUGGUGCACAUUUUAUAGAUGCUACCAUGGCCGUGGAGAACGUUUCGCCGAAGAAAGAGAGCGAAGAAGUGGAGCAAGAAGGAAACGAUCAAUGCUUAUCCGAUGAGCAGCAGGAGAUGGAGAACCAGCAGCUGCAAGAAUGCAACAUCGUCAAGGAAGUAGCUGUUGAUCGCGAAGUAAUGAGUGUGGUUUUACCAGCUCUACCGGAAGAGAACGAAUCGUCAGAAGGUAUGGCCGUAGAGUUGGCAGGAAAUGGUAGCCAAACGCAUACUGAUCGCAACGGAGGUGAUCACAUGUUAAGUAUUGCGGAAAAUGACAACAAUCAGAAUCAGUGCACGGAGCGUAGCACUCGUUUGACGAUGGUUUCCGAACCACCAAUGCCGUAUAUCGAUGAAGUAGCAGAAAGAGAAGAACCUUCCCUCGGUUCGUGUGCGGUUCGGACAGUUGUCGUUACACCAAAGCAGGACGGAAUCGUACUGACAUCGGCUGAAGCAAACGAAUUUCUAGAUCCAAACAAUCUUUCACCGAUUCUGAAAACGGGCCCCGAACGGGGCGCAAUGGUUGACGAAUCGUUCCGUAAGAUCGAUGAAGUGAACGAGGAGGACGAUGAUGACGAUAUGGAUGAUUACGUGAUCGCCAGUCGGGAGGCGUACAAGCGUAAACGGCCGGAAGAUAGCUUCGACGAUCCUUCCCUUCUAUCGGUGGACAUUUCAAUUGCAUCGAACGUUGCGUACGGUGGUGCGAUGGUAGGCGGAUCGGCGAAAAAACCGAAACUUACCCGGACGGGUUCAAUUACGCGCGGUAUACGGCGUAGUAUGAGUUUUGCCGCGAUAAAGACACCGAUCAAGACGAUGCUACGGUCACGGCGUAGUUCGGUUGAUCCGAACGCUUCCACUGCCUCGAUCAACACGAUCGAGGCGACAUUUAACGAAUCGAUCAAGAAGCCGGUAAAGGAGAAGCUGCGUAGCAUAAGGGAUAAGAUUACCAAGAGCAGCAAGAAGGAUACGCCGAAGACGAUCAAAAGCAAGGGUUUAAUAACGCCGGCAAAUUUGGAUAGCUUAAAGAAGGUGUGUAACUUCAAGUCGACGGAUAAAGUGUCAAACGGUGGAACAGGUAUGCACACGCCCGAACACUGCAAGCUGUCGGAUCGCAGUGAGGUAGACUUUAAGACACCGGUGGCACCGACUGGUUCCGCGUCGAAAGUUAGUACACGUAGCAGGGGAAAGCUUGCUGGUAACACUUUAGCGAAUAACGCAACACUACAGCAACGUCACUCGAUUGCAUCGAUCGGUGUGGAGGAAAACACCUUAAAACGGCUUGACGAAGAGGAAGCUACCUUAACCACAACGAAUGCAGUCUCCUCGAUGACGAUCGAUGAUGGAGAAGCAACAGCAGCAGUCAUCGUGCGUACCCAUGUGGAAGAUGCAGAAAUGAUGCCGGUCGUAGACGAGCAUGUCGUUCAAGCGAGACCGGAAACGAAGAACAAAAACACACACAUCGUCAAGGCCGAUUGGUUUUGGUACACGAUCCAGGCAGGCUAUGCGAACGAGAUCGACUAUCUGUUUGCGGACUAUUUGGAGAGUAUAGCUCACACCCCGGCGGUAGACCGGCGCGAUUCAUUGCCGGUGAGUUUUAACAAGCGCAAACGGAAACGUCUGUCCCAGCGCACACCGGCAGACGGUGGCGGCACUCCGCUCGGUGUCGGUAAGCGUCGUUCGUCCGUAUCGGAUGCCGGGUUGCUGUCGGUGUCGGGCAGCUUCCUGGACUGUACCGCCAGCCCGGACAAGCAUGAGAGCAGCAAGAAGAACAUAAUUCCCGAAGCGACCAGCAAACCAGCGAACGAGCAGCCGGCAAAAACGCAGUCAAUGAGGCACAACCAUUUUAUGGACUUUUUCCACACCGAAUCGAACUACGUUGGCAUACUGGACACGAUAGUGAAGCUGUUCAAGGAACCGCUGGAGGAGAUGGUCGAAAAUGAGAACCCACUCCUGAACAAGUCGGAACUGCGGUCCAUUUUUGGCAACUUUCUUCCCAUACACGACGUGCACAAGCGUAUGCUGGAUCGGCUGAAGGCGAUACACGCCUGCUGGUCGGAGGAGGUGUUGAUUGGGCAGAUUGUGCUGGACCAUCGGGACGAUCUGCUGAAGGCUUACCCGCCGUACGUGAACUUUUUCGAGCAGAUGAAGGAAACGCUCGUCCAGUGUGAUGCGAGCAAUCCGCGGUUUCAUGCAUUCCUUAAGAUCAACCAGGCAAAGCCGGAGUGUGGCCGACAGUCGCUGCAGGAUUUAAUGAUACGCCCGGUGCAACGGUUGCCCAGUAUCAGUUUAUUGCUGAAUGAUAUAUUGAAACACACUGGCAAAGCGAAUCCGGACCACAAAAAGCUGGACGAUGCGCUGAAAGCGAUCAAAGAGGUGAUGACGUACAUUAACGAGGAUAAGCGCAAAACUGAGGGACAGAUGGCAAUGUUUGAUAUUUUCAACGACAUCGACAACUGUCCGCCCCAUCUCGUGUCAUCGCAUCGAAGUUUCGUGUCACGGUGCGAAGUGACGGAACUGUCGGACAGUCUCAGUGGCCGUGGUGAUCCGCUGGUACUGUUUCUGUUCAGCGAUACGCUCGAGGUGUGCAAAAAGCGCUCGCGGGUAUUCAACAACGUUAAGUCGCCGAACACGAAUUCGCUGAAUUUGACACGGUCGUCGUGCGCCACUACGAAACCGUACAAGCACGUGAAGCUGAUGCCGCUCAGUACGGUACAGCUGGUGGUCAAUGUGGUCGAUAGUCCGCGCGCCUUUAUGCUCCAUUGCCGCGAACCGGCCCAGAACGCGAAGGAUCGCCAGUACUCGUUCAAUAUUGCGGACGAGGAGCAGGAUAAGCUAAUCUAUCUGAAGAGCUUGUCGAAGCAGAUGGCCGAGAAUGCGUGCCGAACGGAUGCGGGCCACUUUCUGAUCAACAGCACGUCGGACGAGGUUGAUAUUGAUGUGAGCGACAUUAAUGUGGGCACACUGUCGAAAGCGUUCAAAAUUGCAUCAAAGACACGGAUGAAGGUCGGCCGGGUGUUUUCGUUCAACAAAACACCAUCAAAGUUGAAGCGUACCGUUUCCACGAUGAUGCCAUCACCGUUCGGCAGCACACAAUCCCUAACGCCCGCUUCCCAGCUGGCACAAAUGAAACUGGCAAGCUGUACGAACUUAAAUGAAGUUGGAGAGGAAGCAGCCGAAUCGAAUGGGUCGUCUCCAUCGUCCUCCAAGCUGUUGGUAGCACCGAUGUCCGUACAGCCGACGCGCAAGAACAAAAAUCCACCCAUAUCGAUUGGAACACUCCGGCCUCUAUAGAAGCGAGAGCGCACAAGUAUAGGGGAAAAAAAGCGGGACACGAUUAUGAUUACGUCCUUUUAAAGUAUCAACCAGCAAGUUUGCAAAGGUUUGCAAGCUGACGAAGUUUUAGUUUUCAAUUGGUUGUUUCUUGAAAUUUGACCAUCAUUGACUGUGUGGCAUUUCAGAAACAAGUUUCGGAAUCGUUCAGCUGCCAGAAAGCUUGUCGAAAUUUUGUGUAUAUAUAUAUUCAGCAGACGCCUUAAGUUAUAACUUCGUCGUAUCGAACGUGAAUGUCAAGAAAGGUGGAAAAACACAUCGAAAAUGAGAAUGUGCGUUUCCGGAUGUGAGCAAACCUCUUUCGAAAUUAAGCGGUAUGAUGAGUUGUUGUCAAUAUUUUUCUUAACUGAUCUAUAGCCUAUUUUUACACUACAAUUAUACUCUAGCGUAAAUUAUAUGUGCAGUUUACGAUGGUUUUUGUUUAAGUGGUUGGGUCAACUGUAACUCGGUCGAGCCGAGUCGCGGGAUUGCGACAACCGUAGGUGGAUGCAAAAAGAAACAAACCGGCGUAAAAUUACGCCCAGAUGAAAAUCACAUAAGCAAAUAUGUGUGAAUACUUCAUGCCUGAAGUUAACGAUCGUAUGUAUGUAUUCGGUUUUAAUUGUGCAGAAAUUCUCAAUCGUUUAUGGCCCUCUCGAUUUGUUAUUCCUCUCGAUGGAAAGGAAGUGGUGCAGAUUGGGGGGAAAGAGCGAAAAUAGAUCGUUGUACAAAGAUUGUCCUGAAAAUAUAACAAUCACAAAAUAAAUUCA